GCGUGCUCGCGGGCGCGCCCGACGCAAGGCAAACCCUUUCCACAUCGGAGCGGCAGCCGGCCUUGGCACCGCUACGGGCCGGCCCCGGUUGACACGCGGUCUCUGCGUCGAGCCUCUCGCGGUCCCUAUAAAAGCGGCCACCGACGUCCGGUCAAUCACCACAACGCCUCGAGGCAAGCUCCGAGUCCAGAUCUCAGCAACAACGACGCAACAAGCCGCCAUGGUUUCCGUCAGCAGCAAGUCCUUCCUCAUCUCCCUCGCCGUCCUGCUCGCCCUGUGCAGCUUGGCAGCCGCCCAGUACGGCUACGGCGGUUACGGACGUGGCUUCGGAGGAGGCUACGGUGGCUUCGGCCGCGGCUUUGGAGGUGGAUACGGUGGAUUCGGACGUGGCUUCGGAGGAGGCUAUGGAGGAUUUGGACGCGGAUUCGGCGGCUACGGACGCGGCUUCUACGGUUGAGCUUUCCUUGUUUCUAUACGUUGUUCCCCGCCGAUGGAAAACUUGCUUAGCACACUGUUUCAAAAGGCUGCGCUUAGCGCAAUGGCUCCUAUGACAGGUCACCGAGGAUAAAAAUCAAAGAUUUCAUAAUGAACGUACCGGUGUGCAAUACGGGUUGGCAAAUAAACAUAGUCUUUUGA